AAAUCGCGGGAUGAGCAGAUUUUGCUACAUUUGAGUUGCCCAUGGAAUUCGUGAGAUGAGCAGGCAGAGGGUUAAUAUAGAUAUAAAAAGAUAUGUAUAUAUAUUUUUUAAUUUCAGUGCAAGUUGUUACAAACAGCAAAUGGCACCAAUAUCCCAAAGAUUACCUUUCACCAAUGAACCACACAGUAUUAAAUUAGUAGAGAUACCUGCACAGUCUGAAGCUUCAAGUAAGAAAGUCAAGAUUUCUGUGGGCUGCUGUCAAAAUCAGAAAUUGGAGCUUGGAUUUCAUGAGCUUCAUAUAUCAGAUGUAGUAUUAAAUAAAGAUCUGAUGUCUUUGCAUGUUGGGGAUCGAAUUUUAGAAGUAAAUGGCACUCCUCUGCAAAAUCAUUCCUUAGAAGAAGUUAAAAAAUUAAUUCAAGCUCGUGAUAAACCAGUCCAGUUAACUGUUGAACAUGAACCUGCUGUGCUUAUACGAUCUCGGUCAAUGAAUUUUUCCUUAGAUUCUUCGCAGUUCCUACCUACAAAUAGGCAUAUUGUACCUAAGUGCUCUUUAUCACACAGACCUGCUCAACAAAGACUUCGAAGGUCAUUGUCACUGCCUCGAAAUUUUGUUAGAGGCUUGUUACCUGUUAAAGGACAGCAACACGAUCUAACGAGAACACGUUCGUUUCGUGUACAGGCAAAAAAUCAGCAAAUAUUCCGGCCAUCAGAUUUAGUAUUAGGGAAACUUCUUGGAAGAGGUUUUUUUGGCCAAGCAUUCCUUGUUACUCAUCGACAUACUGGUCAAGAAAUGGUUAUGAAAGAGCUUUAUCGCCUAGAUGAAGAAGCUCAGCAAAAUUUUGUAAAAGAAAUUGCUGUUCUUCGUUCAUUACAGCAUCGCAAUGUUCUACAUUUUGUUGGUGUUCUUUACAAAGAUAAAAAGUUGCAUCUAUUAACAGAAUAUAUAUCUGGUGGUACUUUACAAGACUAUAUUCAUAACUUGAAUAUUGAUAUAUCCUGGUUACAAAGAAUCAACUUUGCUAAAGAUAUUGCAGCUGGAAUGGCUUAUUUACAUUCCAAGAAUAUCAUCCAUAGGGAUCUGAAUUCUAAUAAUUGUUUAGUGCGAAAAGAUAAAACGGUUGUUGUGGCUGAUUUUGGAUUAGCAAGAGUUAUGCUAGAUAAACAGGUCAAUAGAAGACAGAGUGGUGGCAGCACACGACGUCCAGAAAGAAAGAAAAGAUAUACUGUAGUUGGUAAUCCAUAUUGGAUGGCACCGGAAAUGAUGUCUCAUAAGAAAUAUGAUGAACGUGUUGAUAUAUUUUCAUUUGGAAUAAUCUUAUGUGAGAUUAUAGGAAGAGUGCCAGCCGAUCCUGAUUAUUUGCCUCGUAGUUCUGAUUUUGGGCUAAAUGUUGCAGCAUUUAAAGAAAAAUUUUGUAAUGGUUGUCCUGAGGCCUUUUCUAAAAUAGCAUUUCUGUGUUGUGAUAUAUCUCCUGAUAAAAGGCCAGUGUUUUAUACUUUGGAAGAGUGGUUGAAGGGAAUGUCAAUGCAUUUAGGAGUCAGAAAUGAGUUACCUCAAGAGCUCGUUAAUGCAAUUUUCAACUUCAAUAGUCAAGUUCAAGACAAUUCUAGUCCAGACUCUAGUCCAGAAGUUUUUUUUCGAUCUAAUUUCCCUCUCCUGAGAACAUUUAGUGAACAGGGAACAUGUAGACUCUCGUUGGAAUCCCCAGCAACUGCAGUGGAAUUAUAAUAAGUAUUUUGUAAAUUAUUAUGUACUUUUCAUUUUAUUUAUCUGAGUAUUUUGUUUUAUCAGUGUUUUAGUUGUUGUCAUCUUGUUGUGUAUUACUACACCCUUUGUUUAUUGAGCAGACUAAUUUUUUAUGAGCAUACUCUGAUUGCCACAUACAGUAAAAAGAAGUAAAACCAUUAAAUUUUAUAAACUGUAUAUAUCAUAUACUUUUUAAGUUUGCAUUUAUCAUUAUACACAGAAAAGUAUAUUUAAGAAAAUUCUGAAAUAGAUCACAUCUGGUUGUCCUGUUAACAUUUUAAAAAAUUGUUAAAAAUGUCCAAUAUGUAACUGGGCAUUUUUCUUACCUUUAAUGAUAUGUUAGUAUUAAAGUGGUAUUCAAAGCUCCUUCUUGAGUUUAGGAGUAAAAGCAGUUUCAUGAUGAUGAUUGCUGAGUGAUUAAUAUAUACUUUUGUAUCCAGUGUAUUAUGUGACUUCUUAUUUUUAUUAUAGUGAAGUUCUUAGCCGGAAAAAUUAUUUUAGAAAUUGUUUGAGCCCUGGUGUAUUAUAUAUUUAUAAUUUUGUUGCUUAUAAAUAUUUUAUAUAUUUUCUAAUUUCAAAAAUCUUCUAAAAUAAAUUAUUUUUAGAGAUUUGCAUAAACAAAAUUGGGAAUGAAGUUCAUAUGUAAUUAUUUACUUAUUUUAGUAAUUUUGGAUGUUUAUUACUUAAGUUCUUACAAACAAAAUGAAUGAAGUAUGGUUGGUAGUUGAUAAAAUGAUCAUUUGUUGUAUUAACCAUUCCAUUAUAGUGACCAAUGUAAAAUUUUCUCAGACAACUCUCAGUUCAGUAAAGAAUUAGACAUUCUCUCAGUUCAGUAAAGAUUUGCAAAAGAUUUUUCAAUUGUAUCUUUCAUUUCAUUGGGAAUAAGAAAACAAUUGUUGUAAAUUUAAAAUAUUUCAAAACACAAAUUAUGUGGACAUAAAUGUUUUCAUGUGUUUCACUAAAAGCAUAAUUUUUGUCAAUAAAAAAUUAAUGGAAUAUGCUUUAUUAUAUAUAUAAUUUUCUACUCUUCAAAUAGAAAUUUAGUAAAAAUUUAACACAAUGAUAUUGUAAUGAUAAUAUUAAUUUUAAUUCAUUAGUAAUAAAACAUGUAUAGUAGACUUUGAAACAUUAAUUCUAUCUGUGUAAACAAAAAUAACUUCUUCAGUAAAUGGUUUUUAUUUUGACUUCAACAGCUGUCCAUCCAGACAAUCAUUUAUCACAUGUGAUACCAUUGGCAUAUAGUAAAUUCAUCAUUAUGAGAAUAUGCUAACACAAAAUGGCAUCAACUCAGUUUUGACAUUUUUAUCAAGGUCACAUUGAAGCGGAGAAAAUAUGAUUAUUAACUUCGCUGUUAUUAGCAGAUGAGAUCAUAUGCACUUCCGGAGGAAUGGGAUUGAAGUUAUUGUUGCAGUUUUAUUAAUCUUCAUAUAAUAUUCCUUGGAUUCCAUCAACUUGAAAGUCUAGUUCCACUAAAAUUUAAACUUGUUUCUCAUUAAAAAAAAUAUCUUUUUGGCUUCAGUAAUUUAAAAAUGAAUAGAAAUUACUAAUUAAUUUUGCUAAUGUACUAUUCAACAUUUUUCAGGGAAGCAAAACUGUUAAUCAGCUGUUUUGUAAAAACUAAUAUAAUAAUGAAAAUGUGUGUAGUUUUUCUACCAUUAUUUGAGUUAAAUUAAUGGAAAAUCAUUAAACUAUCGACUUCCGAGAUAUAAAGGUACUGGUAUUUAAGAUUUUAAGAUUAUAUUAAAAGUUUCACUUUUCAAAAAAGGAAUUACAUUUGAGGAAUGAAUGCGUGCUAAAUAAUAAUUAUACUAUCAGAUUAUAUCCUGAUCAUUUGACUGAGUUUUGUCAAUUUGUAAUUAGAUUCCAAAUAUGAGUAAUUUCUGAAAAACUUAAAUAAUUCCAGAUGUCUUAAUUUUUUUUCAGUUUUAAUUUUUAAUAAAUUUUGGUUAGUUGAUCAUGGCAUUAUGAAGAAACCUAUGUUAUCUUUUUAGAGCUUAAUAUUUGUGUGAAAGGUAAUAAUAUUCUUGGCAAUCAAUAUUUAACAAGGUGCAGUUUUUAAAGAUUACAGUAUUUUAAACUGUGUCUUAUGUUAUAGGUAAUUAAAUUCCUUGGUGUGCUUGAUUGAUAAAUGUUUCAGCUUUUUUGAAAUUUUUGUUUCUAAUGAGACAUAAUAGAUUUAUAUAGUCUUUAGCCACAUGGGAGAUACUUAUACAAGCCUGUACUCGUACUCAUGUCUAUUUUCCUGUCACGUAUAGUAUUUCACAAAGGCUAGAUAUUUUCCCUUGAAUGGCAUCUUAAUUUAAUAUGGGUAUUUUCUAGAUAUGUUCAUAUUGUAGUAGUAAAGAUAAUAUCAAUUUUAAAAUAUUGUCUACUGUUUAUCCAGUUAAGGAUAAUGGUUAGUAUUAAAAUAUUGCACAGUGAAUAUACAUUUUUAAUUAAUUAUUAUCAUUAUUCUGUGUUAAAUGUAAUGUAAAUUGCUAAAAAUUAAAAUUAAGCUAAAAUUUUAAACUGUGUGAAAUUUCAUGAAGUUUUAAAAGUAUAAACCUAAUUUUUCUCUCCUCCAAAAAUUUAUGAAACCUUUUUUAACAACCUGAUUUUAUAAACUAGGACAGUAUAAGUGGAAGUGAUAAUGUAAUAGUAAUAAUGUUUUUUAGUUAUGUAAAAUGUAGUUAUUUAACAUUAUUUUGCAUAUAUUUCUAAAUACUGAUUAAAUAUGUAAUUAUUAAAGAAAACGUUACUCAUGAAAAUUAUUAAAAUGCUUAAAUUCUCCUGGCAGACUUUGACUUAAGUAUUUUAUAGUUAAUGUGUCUUUGGGUAUCUUAAGAUUUGAAAAAUAUCCUUCAUUCUGUAUGUAGAAUCUGUAUUCAAAAUCUUAUUAAUGCCUGCCAUUUUCCUUUAUUUGUUCAACAUUAUUAAAAGAAUUAUAAAACUUUGCUAUAUAAUAUAUUUUUGAUAAGUAAUUUUAACUAGUUUCCUAAGAUACCCUGAUAGCCUACCAAAAGAUUUUUUUAAAGUGAAAUAUCAUUUUAGGCAAAAUAGUGUAUUUCUAAUUAUUUUCAUUAUUAUCACUGUCCUUCCUUGCCACUAGUCAUUCCAUUUUUUAGUAUGCUUUCAAUGUAAAAUGAACUAUGUGCAUGGAAGCAAGGUAACUAUUCCUAUAAGUAAAUCUUCAAUAAUAAUUGAAUUUGUAACUAUUAUUAUAACAUAAGAUGUAUAAAUUGCAGACCAAAGGUUGCCUGAACCAAAGAAAGAAACUUGUGUUGCCUUUUUAAUCUUCUGACUUCAUUUCACAUAUGUAUCUUGAUAGUAGUCUAAAGAUUUUUAAAAAAAUGUAUCUUCUUGUAUGUAAUCAUUAUGUACAAAAUAUUAUGAUAAAUAAUGGACCUAUCAGAAAAUAAGGUUUUCUGCCUUAAAGUUUUCUUAUCUUGUGUAAUAGAAAUAUAUAUUCUGUAACAAUUUUUUAAUACUGUGGAAAUUUUAUUUUAUUUUAUUUAUUUAUUUUUUUUUUUUUUCUUUAUCCUUUAUCCUGCUCAAUAUUAUGUGCUUUCAUAUUACCCUUUGAUUCUUGUAUUGAAAAUUUCUUUAUGGGGAUAAAUUAAUGUAUUCAAUUCAUAGUGCUUAACAGUUCUGUCUUUUUCCUCCUAGCCCUAUUUUAGUAAUUUAAUUAUAGGCUAACAAUAAGACUAUUAUAUCUGAUUUAUUAAAAGUUAGAUGUAAUUGAAUACUUUCACUAAACAUACUUCUAAAUUUUUAUAACUAUACUUUGUGAUGCAGUUAGAUGAAUUAGGAGUUUCCUUUUUAGAGCAACAGUAUUUGAUAACUACCAAAAGAUUUAUAUCAAGUAUUAUUUAUUCAUAUCAGAAGUUUGUAAUAUACUUUGUUUGUAAAAGUUGUAAAUAUUUUGUAUUUAUUUUUGUAUAUGUUUAGAGAUGUCUUGAUGGUUUGUAUAACGUGAGACUUUUUAAGGUUUUAAAACAUGGUGUCGGGUAUUUUAGGUAGUUUAUGAUAUUCUUGAUAGAACUGACUGUAAAGAAAAUGCAUGUUUGCUUUUAAAAGUUUGAAGAAGAGAUAAAUAUGAUUUUUUCUAUGUAUAAUACCUUUGAAAUCAGGAAAAUAUGAAGUUAACAAGUAGAAAACUGUACAUUCUCAACUUAUAUAGUUUUAUACUGAAACAUUUGAUACAGCCAUGUAAAAAUAGUUAAUAUUAUGUCCUUUAUGUGCUUGCUCAUUAAGUAACAGUAUAUUAAUAGGUGUGUAGAUGGAUGGAUGUUUGUACAGUAGUAGCCCCAUAUACAUUGGUUGUAUAUUCCAAGAAUAACUGCAGAUGAGAAAAACUGAUGGAUCAUGGGAAAUACUGUAUUAAACAGGAUAUUCAUAUAACAUGCAUAAUUAUAUAUGUUUAAUUGAUGAAUUAUGCUAGUAUGACAUUGCUAAAUUAAAUAAAGUAAUAAUUAAAGUAGUAAUAAUAAAGUAAUAGUAUUUUACUGCAAUACAUUAUAUACUGUAUUACUAAAACAAGAAAUAUAAAACAUAUUUUACUGUAGCAUAUAUUUUAUUUCUCAUACUUUUGAAAAUAUGUUGCAAAGGAUAGUGGAUAUAAGAAUCAUUCUUUUUUAAUCACUAAUGUAACUUCCUAACUUUAUACCAUCAUUACUCUUAAAUUUUGGAGCUUCUUAAUUUAGUAAAUAUGAACUUUAAGAGUGGUCGAGCUGUGAUAUCAUGUUACUAAUAAGAACAGUAUGAAUUCUAAAAAGGUGAAUGAAAUUUUAAAAAGGAAUUUCCUGUAGACUGCCUAGCAACUGGUAGUCGAAAUUUUGAGCCACAUAUUUAUGAUUAAAGUUUGGGUGUGGUUCACUCAGAAGAACUCUUGUACCUGAGAAUACAUAUGUGGCUCUGUAUUGACCAUUUUCAUUUUCAUUAAUUAAACCCGAAACAGGCAUACAGGUGCAUGGGAACACUACUGGCCUUAUUUAAGCCAUUGUAUUAGGGACUAUUAUAACUUUACUUGUAUUUGGAAACUUACAGUUUAUGAAACUUGUGUCUUUUUUUCCCCUUUUGCUGUUCUGAACCACAGGUCCUAAAACAAAAGAUACAGGAACAUCACAUUUGUUCAGUUCUGUUUCAUGGAAAUAAAGUUAAGUCACAUAAUUUGUUUGGUUUUCUGUUUCAUAUAAAAGUUAUAUUUUCAUUAUACCUAGUGUAGUCUAUUAAAGAGCAAGAUUGUUUGAGGCUCUGUCAGCAAUCAGAUUUCUUCCUGAAAUUAUAUCCUACUUUUAAUUUAAGAUGAGAAUAAAGUGAUGACUCCUUUCAUGUAGACAGUUAUAAGCAUUCAAAUAAUUAUUACUUGUCUCCGUCAUUUCAUAAGGACAGCAAAAAGUAUAAAAUGUUACAAAAUAAUUAACAGUUUAUAUGUUAAGCGUAAAAAGUUUUUAGAAAUAGUGUAAUAUUUAAGAAUAUGUGGGGUGAAAAUUUUAAUAACAAGCAAAUAAUAAUAUUUUAAUAGUAAAUAAAUUUAAAUAAUACUUACUAAAAUGACACUGAAUUCUUAAGAGCUAUCAUAUAAUUAUUAUUCAAUGUAAUUAUCAUAAAAAGUUUAAAAUAAUCUGGGAAUUAUCAGUAUGUGGCAUAGGAAAAUUAAAUAAGAAAAAUGUGAAUGUCAAAAUAAUUUUUUGCUUCAUGCUGGAUUGCCACGAGCUUUGGAAAAAGUGCUGUAAAACAAAGUUUACCUAAAAUAAUAUAAUUUUCCAAACUUCCAUUCUGAUAAAUAAAAUAAAAAUCAGUUGAAUUGAUCAUAUUCCCACUUUACUUAAUCAUCACAUUCACUUAAAAUGUUUUAGCUAGUGCUGACAUUUGUUAUGUAAUAAAUAAAAGAAAAUAAUAAUAAUAUCUGCUAUCUUAAAAUAUACUUUCCUAUAGCCUCCCUUCUAAGAAAAUUUCUCAUAAUUUUAGUAUAUAUAAAUCAAAUCUGCAUAUUGUGUAUAUUUUAUAUGGUCAACCCAUAGCAAAAUUUGGCUAGUCUUAUUACGGGUUUCAUUGUUGGCUGCUUAAAUUAAUAGUAUAAUUUUAAGUUAAAUAAUUUAAGUUAAAGUCUAAAGUAAAUGCAUAGGAUUUCACUAAUUUAAAUUCAGUUGAACAAUUUGCAUAUAUUACAAAGUUGAGAUACAUUGAAUUUUAUCCGUCAUGUGCCAUGUUAUAUGUAUAUGAAUUACAUCAUUAUUUUCAUAUUUUGCUAAAAGAUAAGCAUUCAUACAUAAGUGAAAUGAAUAUGAAUUCCUGUUGGAGUUUCCAGCAGUAGCUCAUUGCAAAAUUUUAAAUGUUCCUAAUUUUGACUGAAUCAGAGUUUUAAAUGUUCGUAAUUUAUAAAUAUUACAUUGUUAUAUUCUAAAAUUUAAAAUAGCAUUUCCAGAUUUAAAACAAUUUAAGAAACAAAAGUAUACGUGUAGGCAGAUAUUAAAAAGGGGGGACAUUCUCUGCUCCUUUUUGAAUAGUGCAGUUUUGAUGAUGUAAGUUCAUUUUUUAAUUAAUGUUUUCCUAAUUCUCAUAAAAAGGAAAAAAUUCAAAGAAGAAGCAUUUUAAUUCUUUGUAAAAUGUUUAAUAUUAAGAAAUUCAUACCUGUAUCAUCCAAGAAUUCUGAUAUAUCUGCUCUGAAGUAGCUUAGAAACAGGAAUAUUAAAUUUAAUUGGUCUUUAUUUAAUUUGAAUUAGUGAGUUCUCUUUCUGUAUUUUUCUGACAAUUAUUGGUUGUAAGAAUUAACCCCUUAUGUAUUGUUGGAAUGCAUCAGAAAAAAAAAGGAUUUUCUGUAAUGUAUAUGUUGAGAGAAAUCUCUAAAUGCUAAUUGGUUGUAUUUUUGUUAUAUCUAUUGUAUUGGAUGCUUGUUGAAUUGUUUUAAUAUUCACACCCUAUAUCAAACAAUGAGUAGUAUUCUUUUAUAAAGCAAAUGCACAAAAUUUUAAGGUUUAUGCAAAAGUUUUUGUCAGUUCCUGUUUCUAUGUGUUUAUAAAACUGUAUUUUUUGGUUGCUGAAGUUUAUGCCUUUUUUUACUUCCAUUUUAUGUGAAGUCAGAACAAACUUCCCAAAAUGUAACAAUGCUUUUGUAAUACAUUUAUUGAGUAUAAUCAAGAAUGUAAACAUGUGAUUCAUACUGUGGUAUAUAUUGAUUAGUAGAAGGAAAAAGCAGAAAUGCUAUUCUAAACUGGGUUUUAUAAAAUUUUGUAUUUAGCAUAAUAUAAAAAAGAAGAAAAUAUCUUACAUUUAAUUUUGCAUGAAUUUACUUAGAUUUAUACCUAUUUUGUUUGUACCUUGCCAUGUUGUGUUUUGUCAUUGUAAUUUAUUUCACAUUUCAUUUUUGUUUAUGUCUACCAUUUACCAUCAAAUAUAGAAUCAUUCCAGGCAAUUCUGCUUAGCUGUAUAUUGAAUUUACUUUAUUCAAUCAUUGUAUUUUGGCAUAAGAUUUAAAAUUUUGAAGUCUGUUAUUUAAAUUUAUAUAUUUUAAAUUUUAUAUUGUAUUUUUUAAAAAAUAGAGUGAUAAAUAUUAUAUAUAUAUAUAUAACUUGGUAGUCUUUUCUGAACUUGGAAUUUAUGUACACUAUACAAUUAAAAAGAAUUUUUUAA